AUGCCAGAGAUACCAACUCCACAAGGCGUUUACCAGUAUCAACAACAACAACAAGGAACGCAUCCCAACGCACCGAGUACGUCAUCUGCACAACAAACUACUGCGUCCGAAGUUUCAUCCAUCAGUGUGACCGCGAGGAUUCCUGAUUUUUGGAUCGAGAUACCACGACUUUGGUUCGCACAGUUCGAGUCAAUCAUGGCACCUCAGAAGCAGGGCGACGAAUGCAAGUUUAAUCUUGUCAUCUCAAAAUUAGGACGAGACACAAUUCAACAAGUCGGCGACCUGUUACUCAAUCCACCGUCCGAGCAAAAGUACAACGUAUUGAAACAAAGAUUAUUGUCUAUUUAUGAAGAGUCUGCCGAGCGUCAAUUCCAAAAACUCAUCAGUGAAAUAGAAUUGGGAGACCAGAAACCAUCACAACUCCUCAGAAAGAUGUCAGAAUUAGCACGGAAUGCGAAUGUUGCCGAAUCCACCCUGCAUAGUUUGUGGCUACAACGACUACCAGGCUCAGUCAGGGCGGUCUUAACGGUCAGCCAGGAUCAGAAACUGGAUAAUCUAGCCGCCAUUGCCGAUAAAAUCAUGGAAAACGUAAGAUUGCAUGAAGUGUCUGAAGUAGCAAGCUCAAGCUCUUCAANAGUCAGAACAUAG